AUGAACAGAAACCAACCACGACCCAUACCUCGGGGUUUACCGCUACCUGUUUUGGAUGAACUGUCGAUGCUAUUCAGCCAUCAGUUUGCUCAGUCAGUUAAAACGGAUAAAGUCUAUGUGCAGCUAACGCAUGUUCCUUGGCUUCGAAAUUCAGACAGCACACCUCUUCCAUUGUUGCCUCCGCAACUCACACCGGAGACAGUAUUUCGAUCUGAGAUGGAUUUAGCCACCAAAGAGAUUCUUCUCCACUGGAGCGAGACACACCAAGGUGAAAGGAUUGAUAAUUUUCUAAUGCACUUGUUUCAAACUUCAAAUUUUCGAUCAGUAUAUGAAAUACUUAAUGCUCGAUCGGUAUACCCAUAUAAUUUAUCGGAAUUUGAGAUAUGCUUCCGGCAAGUGUGGUUUGGAUUGUACUCGUGGGAUCAAAUGUCUCCAGGGUCAGACAUUACUUGUGGAUUUCAGCAUGUUUACAUUGGUGAGAAACGCAGAAACACAGUUAAAGGUUUGCACAACUGGAUGAGAUACUAUAUACUGGAAAAAAGUGCGAAACUCGUUUUGAACCGAGUUCACAAAAAACACCCCGUUUUACCUCUGGCAUCACUACGAUUCAUUUACGAUGAAGCGGUGAAGCCAUACGGAACAAUUUUUUUCGGUCUUCCAAUUCAGUUUGAAAUUAUGAUAUUUUUCUGUGCUUUUCUUAUUGGUGGAAGUCGUGAGGUGAAUUUCCUUAUCGACGGUCAAAAAACAACAGUCAUUUCCUAUGAUGUUGCAACCCGUACCGAUGCAUUGGCUACCGCUUUUUUCAAAUAUUAA